GGAGUAAAAACUUGCCAGAAUUGCGAUACGAGAGCGCUUUGCUUCGUCGAAAUAUACGUGCAAUAGUGCGAGGGCGGUUUUCCUGUUCAAACGAAAACGCAAAGUGAUUCUCCACCAUAUACACUGCAUUCGCCAUCAUUUCGACGCAACUUUUCAGUACGGUAGUUCACAGGUCGUACGUACUUCCACACUAAUUGCAAUUUUUUCAGGCUCAUUGCGUCAACUUGAUCGAAAGGUGACGUAACAAAAUGAGUCGUGAAUAUCAGCUUAGUAAUGCGGUCGCUAAUCUAAAAUACACGGAUAUCCUACCGCAUUGCGACCAAGGACUACCGGCUACUCGUGAAUUCCUACUCAAAGUGGUCGACAUAUUGUUGGAUUACGUGAAAAAUGUGAACGACAGGAAUGAAAAAGUAUUAAACUUUCGCCAUCCGGCCGACAUGAUGGCUUUACUCAAACUCGAGUUACCAGAUAAAGGAGUCACUUUGCAGGAGCUCAUCGGAGACUGCCACAUCGCGUUGAAACAUCAAGUGAAAACCGGACACCCGCACUUCUUCAACCAGCUCUCAUGCGGUUUAGAUUUGGUAUCGAUGGCUGGCGAAUGGCUCACAGCUACCGCUAAUACGAAUAUGUUUACUUAUGAAAUAGCACCUGUAUUCAUUCUAAUGGAAAGCGUAGUAUUGGCGAAAAUGCGAGAAAUCAUCGGAUGGGAACAAGGCGACUCUAUACUUGCUCCUGGUGGUUCCAUUUCCAACUUAUACGCAUUCUUGAGCGCACGCCACCGUAUGUUUCCAGGCUACAAGGAAAAAGGUUUAAAUUCCAUUAAAGGACAACUAGUCAUGUUCACGUCAUGCGAGUCACAUUACUCGGUGAAAACCUGCGCCUCGGUUGGUGGUUUAGGAACCGACCAUUGCAUCGAAGUACCCGCCGAUGACAGAGGUAAAAUGAUACCUUCAGAGCUUGAAAGACUAAUACUUGAAAAUAAGUCCAAAGGAAACAUUCCGUUCUUUGUGAGCGCCACCGCUGGCACAACCGUAUUCGGAGCCUUCGAUCCAAUUCACGAAAUCGCAGAUAUAUGCAAAAAGUAUAAACUAUGGUUACAUAUCGACGCUGCAUGGGGAGGCGGUCUGCUAUUCUCACGAAAAUACCGUCCCAAUCGCCUAGAUGGAAUCGAAAGAGCCGAUUCUGUCACAUGGAACCCACAUAAAUUAAUGGGUACGCUGCUCCAGUGCUCCACCGUCCAUUUCAAAGAUAAAUCGGUUUUGACCAGUUGUAAUACAAUGAGCGCGGAUUACUUAUUCAUGCAAGAUAAAUUAUACGACGUUCGUUACGAUACCGGAGAUAAAGUAAUUCAAUGUGGUCGUCACAAUGAUAUCUUCAAACUGUGGCUUCAGUGGAGAGCGAAAGGUACCGAAGGCUUCGAAAGGCACAUAGAUCAUUUAAUGGAACUUAGCGAAUAUAUGGUCAAGAAGAUGAAAACAAUGCCUGAAAAAUACUACCUGAUACUCGAACCUGAAAUGGUCAAUGUUAGCUUUUGGUAUGUUCCGAAACGUUUACGUACCAUGCCUCAUACUCCGGAACGAGUCAAGCUCUUGGGCGAGAUUACGCCAAAAUUAAAAGGUCGUAUGAUGGAAGCUGGCACCUUGAUGGUAGGAUACCAACCGCAAGGCGACUUACCUAAUUUCUUCCGCAACAUAAUCUCCAGCGCUGCGGUCAGACAAGAAGACAUUGACUUUUUACUCUCCGAACUGGAUCGUUUGGGUCAGGAUUUGUAACCUUUGUAAUCGCAGUUACCAUAACGUAUUACCCUUUUUCUUUUACUCCUAUAAUGAGAAAAAAAAAACAAACCAAAAAAAAAAAAACUCUAAGUUACUAUACAUAAUUUGGGUAGAUUAAUUAGUGGAAACAUUAUUUGUUGUUGUUUUGAUUUUUAAACUUAUUGUUGUUGAUUUUGAAUGUUAAAUUUGAUUCAUAAUUUAUAGGCUGUAUAACGUCAAUUUUAAGAAACGCUUUUUAAUUAUACCUACCUACCUAGCUUCACGCUACACUAACCGUUAUAUAGUAUAAAUCUAGUCAUGGCAACGAUAGUUUUUCCAAAAGAAAAAACGGUGAUAAAAAAUGUAUAUGGCCCCCAGGGUAACCACCUACAUUGAAAGUUGGUUUAGUAUAGAUUAACGUUUUUGAUUUUAAUUUGAGUUUUUUGUUUUUUAAACUAUAGUACGUUUAAGUCAACUUUUGUUUUGUAUAUCGGACUGAGGCCUUUUUUUUUGUUUUUCUAGCCGAAAAAAUUUAUGACCCGCGUGAUAAAAAAAUCUAACGAGAUGUGAUUCUUCGCCAAUGUGCAACGGUAAAGAGAGGCGAAAGAAAAAGUACGAGUACACUUUCGUAAGCCUUGCAGUUGCACAGGCUAAAAAAUCGAUUAUCAUCACAUAACGUGGUGCGCCAGUACAAUUAGCCCGCGUAAAUUAUGUAAGAUAAUGAUAUCCAAACUUUGCCACCGCACACCGCGCCGCCUCUUACCGUGUCCGCAUCAUCGUCAAUCUGAUAAUUUCUAUAAUAAUCGAGUUUCUUCAAAUUGUACAUAAUUUUUCGCCAUCAUCUACCAGUCCUAUUUCAUUCGUCGCAAUUUUCUCAACUCGACCGUAGCUUUGCACUAAUUUUUUUCUCCUCCAUUUCUAUUCGUACCAGUCGAUCGGUAAACAGCUGUACUCGGCAAGAAAUUUGAUUUUUUUCUUCAAGGAAUAUACAGGGUGUCCCAUCAAACAUUUGUCACCAUCAAAUUUCAGUAAACUAAUGAAUCUGAGGGAAGUAAAAAUAUAUUGAGCAUUCUGAGUGUCUUCAAAUAUAUUUGAGGGAGCAAAAGUUCGAAAAAUUUUCCAAAAAAAUAAUUUUUCACCCCUAAUUUUGACAAAAUGUCUCUAUAAGAUUACAUUCGAAUCCAUCUAAUGACAGCUGUACAUGGGACACCCUGUAUUCAAACACGAUAAUCGUGUGAAAAUUGCAUGUUUCUCCAAUACAUACGCAGCAGGUAGGUAAACGAUACUGGCCCGCGACUCUUCAACAUUCAGACCGACACGAUGAAAGUGAACGCGAAUAGAGCAGUAGAGCACAAUAAAUUUAAAGUUACUCGUGUUUGCCAUUUAAGCCCCGUUAUUUUCCGGUAAUUAAUAUCUAUCGACUUGGCAUUACACAGAUAUCCGUAGCUCGUUGCUGUUGGUCGACUCCGCAUCUCCGUUUUGGUUCUGUAAUUUUUUACUAAUAUCUUUAAUAUAUCAACUUCGCCUUCGUCACCGCGACGAUAUCCCGAUGCAUCAUCAUCAUUAUUAUUAUCACUGUCGUUCGCGUGUUGUACAUGGCAACAUUCUCUUUCAAUUUAAUAUCGCAAACAAAAUUUACAAAAGACAUACCCGAUCCGCAAAAAAGCUGCAUUCUCUUCGCAGAUUACCAAAAAACCUAUAUAUUGUCAACAUUCGUGUUGAAAAAAUACCUUAUCAAUCAAUACCCACACAAUCGCGACAGUACAUUGUUGAUCGGUAAGUAAUUACGCGAUUCCAUUCGAGAGUCGCGAAGCUCGUGUGUAUAUGAAAAAUUUCCUCACCAGAAGCCCAUAUGUAUGGGCGACGAUUACGAAAAAUCACCGUUAUAAGGGUCUUGGUGGAGCGGGUGCUGGCGUCGAGCACCGAGUGUAAUAAAUAAUAUAAAAUUCCAUUUCGCGUACGUCCAAGAUUCUUUUCAUUCUUUUUUUUUUUUACAUUGUACAUAUAAUUUACAGUACAUACGUACUUCCCUCAUGUACAUCAAUUAAAACGGAUUUCGACAUCUACGUCAUUACCCUGCCAAAUAUAUAGAUGAUUAAUAAAUAAGGAUAUCAUCAUCAUUAUCAUCAACACUCUUACUCUUUCGUUAACCAAUCAACAUUGAAAACGAAAUCGUGAAAAAAUUAUUGCACUAUAAAAUUGGUAUACCGAAGCCCAUCUACAGUCAAAAAUAUGUACAAGGAAGUGGUACAAUCCUUUCAAAUCAGCAGUAGCUUCAAAAUCUUCAGCCCAACACAAAAUUGCAACUUUUAUGAAAAAAAAAAUUAUUUCAGUGAACCUGGCGCCCCUCAUAGUGUGGCAGAAGAGGGGGAAAUACAAUUUUUCACAAUAAUUUCGUUACAUUUGACAAAUCAUUAUUUAUUUGAAAAAGAAAAAUUUUCAUAAUAUAUUUUUAUUCUCAGUUCGUUACUUGGAAAUAUAUUCAACUGCAUCUAUGAGGUACUCCAGCAUUCAAGCAACGCUUCAGUGAUCACUACUGAUUAAAGAGCCAUGAAGUACCUACCUCGGUUUUUCGCAGAACUGCAAAAAAUAUUAGCAAUACGCGGAAUUACCUACUUUCUUGUACAUAUUACAUUAUGUGUAAUGAUAUCAUUAUAAGCCCGUGUAAAAUACCCGAGUGUAAAUUUCAAAUUUAUUUAUGUAAAUUUUACCCAAAUAUGCGCAAUUUUACAAUAUUACUCAUAUUAUGUAGGAUUGUAGGUGAGCACUUUUCUGCACGUUAUGAUACUUACUGCACUUGAGCACAAAUUUUCUUAUGUACUCGUACAAAUAAUCAAACGUGGAAACGCAAGCGUAAGCGAUGAUGAUUUUAUUCAAGCGAAAAUUUUCGAAAAAAUUUUAUAUUCAAUUGAAAAAAAAAUUACGGCCUUUCGUUUGGCUAACUUUCCUGAAAUUUUUCAAAAACCUCAAUUUUUGGAAAAGGAGUGUUAAAAUUGUCAUCGCUCAUUGUUAUCAACCAAACCUAAUGAAAUCUUUAACUUUUCCAACAGAAAAAUUUCAAAAUGAUUCAAAUUUUCUCAAAAUUAAAAUACACAGAUCAUCUUUUCACGAAAAUGGAAGCUGAGCUUCCUUCAAAAUUCAAAGUUUCAGUAACGAAAGAAACUCAAAAAUAAUUCCUCAUUAAUUUCAUGAUUUUGGUAUUUAUUUUCGAUUAGUUGGGGUAAAAAUUUGAGAUUUGAAUGAAUUUUCAAAAUCCCAAAAAAAUGUUCCAAAGACAUUUUUGAGAAGGAGAAGAGGGAAGGGAUCGUCAAAAAUGGUAAACAUUUUCAGAAAUGGUUUUUGACUUGCAUUUUUCAAAAUUUUGAGGCAAUUUAUAGGUACUUCAUAAUCUUAUGUAGGGCAUCUGACGAUCUAGAGUUUUUGUUUGAAAAAUUAUUACUUUCUCACCACCUCUUUACAAAAUAUUAAGAGAUCCCAUUCAAUUCACCCCCCCCCCCAACAUCAAACUGCCUCAAAUGUGUUGCACGGCAACGAUGCUGCUAAUUCAUAAAAAACACCAGCAUUUUUUUUUCAAAAACUGACAAUUAUUGUGAUUUUUUAAAAAAAAUCACGUUUUACCCCAUUUUUUCACUUUUUCUCAUUGAAAUGUUGACUGGAUUCUCAAUGAAUAUCGGAUACUCUGUUGAUAUAAUUUUUUCAAAAUUGGUAACACUGUAUUUACGCUUGGGUUUCUCAUUUUUAAUGGACUUUUUGCACGUAGAUAGUUUAAUGCACUGUAGAAUAGGUGUGUAGAUUUGUAGUUAUUUAACACGUAAAGAUGCAAAAUACUAAUACAUUUCCCUCUGGAAAAAAAUCGACUAUCGUAUAGGUAUCGAUUUGAAUGGGGAAAGGAAGGGAUUACAAGUGGAGGUCAUUGAGGUAGAUUGCGAAAAAAAAAGGUCUGUGAAGGUCUUCAUUUCGAGUUGAACGUCACUUAGAAAAAAUUUCAGCUCCGGAAGUGCCCCUGAAGAGGAGAUAUGGGUUCUCAAAAUGGGAGCAUUUAGGUAUUGCCAACAAAAUCCAAAACCACUUUUUGGGAUCCAUAUACUGAAUGAUUGAAAAUUUGCACGUAACUUAUUUUUGGGUAAAUUCAUGGUUUGAAAAAAUUUUCUUCUCCAAUAUUUUGCAUUAAUCUUUGAAAAAUAUCGAGAGGUAUUAUUUUUGAAGCUAUAUCGAACAUUUGAAAACACAUCGACACCAAUUUUUAGGCUCAUGUUGCCAAUUUUGAAAAAUUCAGAAAAUUAGCCAAAAACUUGAGUGUCAAUUAUUUUUUGAGUUUUUAAAAUUGGCAAUAAAUGGUAUCUGUCGACGUUUUGAAAUAAUUAUUGCAUAAUAUGUAAGUACUUGAGAAAAAAAUAUUUUCAAAACACGAAUUCGCUGAAAAAUAAGUGGUUUACAAAUUUUCAACUCUUAUGUAUAUAGAAUCCUAUGGUCUUGGAUUUUGAUGAAAAUGGCAGGAAAUUGAUGCAAAAUUUCAAGUAUAAUAUUUUGGAACUCGGUCAUUCUUCUCAAAAGAGGUUGACUAGGGGCUGGGACGAAAAAAACCACAAUUUUUUUCAAUAAUGUCCCUUCUUUGAGGACUCAUAUCUCUCCUCUAGGAGCAAUUCCAGAGCUGAAAACUGGAUGACUUUCAAAUAAAAAUGAAAGUCUUCACCGAAUUUACUCGAAGUGCUCCGAAUUUUUUUUCGCGAUCCACCCAUUCAUGGUCUUAUUCAGUAAUUUUUACAAUCUUUUUCUUUUCAAUUUUUCGUCUUCAGGCUCCGGGGUAUCUCUAAUUUGCUGCACACCCAUUGAUUCGUUGAUGCACAGUCAACCUCGUCUCGAAUUUAAAAUCGAAACUUGCGGACAGGGCUGUUAAAUUACCGUAAUUUAUUCGUUGGUAAAAUACGGCGGUAAAAUACGGUAUUUUACCGUAUUUAUGCUAUUUUACUAAUUUGGAUAAUAUGAAGAGUUAUUUUUUGUAGUUUGACUUCGAAGUUCUGAACUUCUGACCUGCCUCUGAAGUAAAUUUUCAUCUGUUUUAGGUGUUAUUAAAGAUUAUAGAAAAUUUUCCAUGGGCAUUUUUUGGAAAUUUAUGAAGAAAAUUUUUGGCAACUUUCAAAUCAUAAAUUUCCAUGGAAAUUUGGAAAUUUAUGAAGGAAAGAUGGAAAAAAGUGUUAAUUUGGCUUUUUGGUAAAUUAUGGUAAAAUACGGUAAAAUACCGCCGUAAUUUACCAACAUAAAUUACCUUACAGCCCUGCUUGCGGAACCAAUUCAUGGGUUCUGAAAAUUUGAAAUGGUUGAUACCCAAAUCCCUUUUGUUCAACUGAAAUUCGAACGAACAACAAAUUGUUCUCAAUAGAGAUACAUUCGCAUAUCCAUUGAUACCCUAUUUUGCAUCUUUACAUCAUUAAUUCGCACUUAAAGUUAAUUUCACCUAUAUAUUUAAGAGGCACAAAAUGCACAAUUUCGCACCUCUGCACGAUGAAACGUUCGCACUUUCGCACUAAUUGCACCUCGUCACUCACUGCACAUAUUCACAAACUUAUCUAUACUUAUUUAAUUUACCAAAUAUCAAAUAUGUACAUAAUUUUUCAACGACAUAUACAAGUUAUUUUAAGUAAUUACUAUACCAUUAUAAGAUGACUGUACAAGCGCACAGCGAUGGGCUUCGGUAGCUAAAUCCGUUCUCGACCCAAUUCUAAAAUUGUAUCCUAUCCGAGUACCUGCCAGAAGCAUUCGUCACCGCGGUUCAUCUAGCUGACGUAACCCGCGAAGAUUACCUCUAAUUCUGCGCUCAUAAUCGUUACAAAUCUUCGUGUCAAUUUUUCCGGCCAAGGCGUAACUUUGUAAAUUACAACGUUCCUCUCGCUCUCGUUCUCAUUCUCAUUCUCGUUCUGCAAACAUCUACUCUACUCUCAACUUGGCUCGGUACAUAAAUUCAUUCUAGGCUCAUUUUCAUCGCUAUAAAUCGCCUCCUGCACGAAGAUGAUUAAAUUUUAAAUUCGUACACCGUUUCGACACCACGACGAAAGUAUUAACCGAAUUACAAAGCCAAAGAUGUCAUAACCCAAGACUACGCCAUCCCCACUCCCCAGUCCAUCGUCUUCAUCAUGCUGAGCUGCUGUAAUAAGCUGCUUCAUCUCUUCUCUAUAUAUGCAUAGAUCUUAUCUCACGAUUCGCGCACAUCAUAAAGACUAUAAAAUCGGAAGUAGAUACCUGAGGCUACGAAAUAUGCAGAUCUCUACGGUACACCGAGGUGACAAAACAUGCGACUCGGGAAGCAACAAACUAUACAGUUACCGUUUUAGUCAAUUUGUUAAUAAGCUUUCUCACGUCGACCAUUUUUUUCACUCUGUCGUAAAAGUUCACGCAGUGUCGGAAGUGUACCUAUAAACAUUUAAUAUAAUAUACUCGACUCGUACAGUUAUACUACAAUGUAACACGUAACCGUAAAUCUCCGCCUCUCGCUUUCCUCAUGUGGCUCCCGAACGGUGGCAAAGGCGAAGCGACCAAAUUACCAUGUAAAUAACGACGUUUAAUAUCGAUUAAUCGCCCAUUUAAUUAACUCGAAAAUCAGCCUUAUUAGAAUAACGCGUUUUUCGUACGAGAGAUAAGAAAAAAAAUACCCAUUUCUCUCUAUUUUCGCAUGCUGCUGCGGUCCGAUCACCACCAAAUCGUGCUGUAUUUCACAUCAAUACUAACACGACAUUGCUUAGCUACUUUCGAAGCGACGAAUCUUCUCUUCUCUCUUAUACCUCUUAGCUCCCAUCUCGAUUGUACGAAAACCUGGCUACUUAAUAUUCUACCAUUACCGUUAAACGCUAUGUCAUCAACCAAGUUACCAAAUUUUACCAAUUUCUGAUGAUAUCUUAUAUUUACCUACGUAUCUCUUUAUAAUAAUACGCAGAUGGAAAAAAACAUCACAGCUGGAAUACCUAUCUAUGUAAAUUAUAUAACACGUACCAUACCAGCUUUUUUUAGUUUUACCCAUCUUAACAAAUAGUUACCACGUUUACUCGCGACAGUCUUGUCUACGAGAACGAAAAACAAACAAAAAUUCAACCAAAACUUCCAUAAAGCGAAGUACUUUACUUAUACUGUUCGUUUUUCGCGCUCCUGUUUCAAUUAAAAAUUGACAGGUAUGAUUAAUUAACCUUAAGCCUGAUUAAUAUACCGAUUAAUGCGUCCAAUUAAAUUGGAUCAUUAAAUUAUGAUUUGAAGGAAAAAGAAAAAACAGACAUACGUCUACAUAAAACAACGUAUAUUCUGUACGUCCUUCUUUACAUGUAUAUCUACUGUAACUCCGAGAUGUUUAUUGUCUUCUCUUUACUUUUCUCAAUCCCCAUCCCUCUCCACCACAUCCGAAUCGUUACGUAAAAUUUUAAUAAUUAUUAAUAUAAUGUGGUUCGCAAAGAUAAAUGAGUAGGUAAAAAAAAACACUAGUAAUCGAGCUAUUAUACCGUGUGUGCCUUUUUUUGCAUCAAAGCGAUUGUCACUUUUUUUUGUGAAGCGUCAUGUUCUUCAUGGAACUAGCCAGAGUUCAGCGUACUGUGAAUUAUCUGCGAUAGAUGGAUUUCGAUUAAACGGAGUCGUACGUGUCUGUGGCUAGAUUCAGUCGGCGAUAAUUACGGAAUUUAAAUCAUUCCAUCAUUUUAUAUCUUUAGUUAUGCUUUAUAGUUGGUAUACUAUACUUGUUAGGUAAUACGUAUCAUAUGAGAAAGAGAUUCGUGUCCAUAAUUUGCCUACAUGGCUACUUUAAGGGGGUCGGAAAAUAUGGCCUUGGGAUAAGGAGUCUGAUUGACAUUGCUAUAUGAGAUUAAUUUUGAGACUAAUUAAAAGAAAAGAACGGUGCUUCUAUCGUGAUGAAUCUGGAGCAGAAAUUGAUAACCCUGAAAGAUUAAAAAAAGGGAGAAAGAAAAACCAUCUCGAUAUUUUCAAUCAAUGAUUCGGGUAAAUGCAGCCACAAAGAGGGAAAUUUUACUUGCGUUUUUUCUACGUAAAAAGAUCCAAGAAAUCUCGAAUUUGUCAUUUAAUUAUUUUUCCAAAAUUUGAUUAUGUAAGAAGUUGGAGGGGGAGAGAAAACGGUGCACAAAGAUCCGAUGAAAAAUUUGGUCAGAAAAAUACAAAAAAAUGACCGACCUUUGAACGACUUUUUUCAGCAGGUUUAAAAUUCUACUUUCACAAUAUUUUUUCAUAACUGAGCAUUUUCGCAAUAUUUGGCUAUAUUUUCAGAAUGUUUCUUCAAUUUUCAGUCCAACUUCCCGUGAUUGGGAGGUCAAUUCAACAAUAAUUUUUAUAUUACCUAUUUUCUGUUUUUUUUUUUUUUUUUUUUACAAAUCAUCAUUCAAUUUGUAUAUUUGAUCAAUUUUUGAAUGACUUUUGAUGACCUUGUAAACACCUUCAAUUUUACAUAUCAAAAUGUGGAUUUUUGAGGGUGCAGCGUUCAUUUUUGAAGACCGUUUGAACCCAAACCACAACAUUAGCUCCACAGACGAGAACUAAAGAACCAAAAGUUUCGAAAAAUGCAGCAUAAUAAUUGGUAUCAAAAUGUGGAUUUUUCAGGGCUCAGAAUUGAUUUUUGAGGAUCAUAUGACCCCUGGUUAUUUUAUAUCUGAGGGGAAAAUGAUUGAUAAUUGAUCAAGAUUGAAAAAUCGAUUAAUCGAAUCCCAAAACUCGAUUUAUUCGCGAUUUUCGAUUCUGUGCAAUCGAUUAUGUUCGAAGUAAAAAAAAUAAUUUUUGCCUCAGUAGGGGGGAGGGGUUAGAUUUGGUUUCUGAGGUUGAUGUUUUUUAUUAGGGAGAUGAAUUUUUGUAUUUCAGAGGGUUCGUCAGGGACAAUAGGUGGGUUUUCUUCUAUCUGAUUGACCAUGUUUGAAAUGAAAAAAUAAAUUUUAUCCUCAAAAAUAAAGGGAACUCGAUUAAUCGAACCACAAAAAUCGAUUUAUUUGUAACUUUCGAUUCAAUAUAUGAUCGAUCAUGUUUGAAAUUAAAAAUUAAUUUUACCUUCAGAAAUAGGUAGAUUUGUUUCGUUAUUCACUAUCAAUAUUUUUGAAUUUCGCACCAAUUCCAUUAUGAGAGUUAUUUUUGGCUUCGGGGCAAAUAGUGAUGAAAUUGAAGCGUCUUCAAUAACUCUAUAGUUAUUCGAUUCUCAAUUUGUAUUUUUCAAAAAAUUUCAGUUUGGGCCCCCUUUCAUUUGCGAGGUUAUUUUUGGCCUACGACGAUAUAUUUUGAAGAAUUUGAAAGUUUGUUGACUCAUAAGGAGUUCAAAAAGUUUCAUUGUGAGAAAUUCAAAUGAAAAAAUCACGAAGCAAGGUGCAUACAAAAUCUGCCAAAUUGGAUUUUUUGACUUUUUUCUCUAAAUUUUUCAGCUUUAAAAAAGCCCCUCUCCCCUUCCAAAAAAAAGUUUUUUAGAGUAAAAAAAAAAUCAAAAAUCCACCAAGACGAAAUCAUUUUUAAUUUAUUUUUACGUCUGCAACAAAUUUUUCGACCAAUCAACCAAUUUGAACAAAGUUAUUUUCAAAAAUUAUUCGAAAAAGUUAUGAGGUUUUAAACGAAAAAUUAACCCAUUUUCGCCUUUAAAUCUUCUCAUUUUGUUCGAGAAAAAGGAAGCCGAAGAAGGAGGGAGUGGGGGGAGGGUAAAUUCUGAUUUCUGCAUAAAUUUUGAAGAAACAAUAAAUUCAUUUUUCCCAAAACGAUAACUACUCUUCAGUUAUAGAGACACCGCUGCCUUCUUCCAAUGAAAAAGUGUUCAAUAUUUUGCAUUUUUUAAAGUAUUCCUUUCUCUUGAAUUUUUUCAAUGUUUCAAGGUUAUAUUAUAUUUUUUUGAAAUUGAUCCAAAUUUCAGUAUUAGGCAGGAAAUGUCGUAAUUUAAUCAUUUUUAGAUUAUUAAAUGCCAUCUGCAGAGCCAAAAAAAUUUACACCAGCUAUACAUUGAGGGGCUGGGCUCCCUCAAACAAAUCUUGAAACUUUUUUUUUUCAAAAACUUCUAAUAAUUUUAAGUUUGCAACAACAAAUUUCGAAUUUAUCAAUUUGAUUAAAUAAUUCACCAGCUAAUUAGAACAUUUUUGAAAAAAUCAAAUCUCAAACAAAAAUCGCAAAAAUUGGAUGAUUAUUUUUUCGCGCCAAAAUUGUUUCUCAAGCAUCCGGAAAAGAAAAGGAAGGUCGUCUGGAUCCUAAGGAAUAUAGAGAAUGAAACCUCCAUUUAUUUUCCAACCAACCCAAUUAUGUACAUCGAUAUACGAAGCCUAUUUUCUUCAUUCGAUCUGAGCCUAACACAACACUACAUCCAUCGCAGAUAUGUACCACAAGGAUACGCGUCUUCAUCGAUCUCUCGAUCCUCAUCCUUCGUUUAAUUUUUCACUUCCAUUAUUCAACCAUCUCAAUCUCACUCGUUCGCUCAAAUUCGUACCCAAGUAGCAGUCAUUAUUUUCGGAAUCAUUACCCGAAACAUCACGAACUCGCCAAACAAUACGCAGACGUACGUAAUGUACCUAAACCGAUGUGGGUACAAUACCAUACUGCAGCACAUGGAAAAAAAAUUUUCAACUGUAAUUUCAUGACUCACAAGCAUGAUAUCAGUUCACGGUAAUCACAUCACGGAGCCGUAAUAACGCGGAAUUUCACUAUAGCUGCUCUUUGAAAAGUUACAGAGGUAUAAAAAAACCUCUUACAUCUGUGUAUAGAUAGAUAUGUGCAUCGGAAAGUUUGAUUCCAUGAUCAUUAUACGUUGAUAAUACCACCAUGUGAUCGAAUUCAUUAUAUCGAGUGAACGGGUGAGAUUGCGUGAUGAUGAGAAAAAAAACAGGACUAGGAAGAGGAGGGAGGGUAGGGGAUAGAAUCAAAUGCUCGAUUAUACAGAUCAUCUCACUUCCUAAUUUUAAUUCAAUUAAUCCUCAUUUUCAUUCAUCAAUUUAUCUAUAAAACGCGGCAUAAAAUAGAUACCUAUAACUUAUACACGUACGGAAUCAACGGUAAGCAAUACAUAAUGUCAAUGUAUAAUUGUUGAAAAAUUUUGUGUUUUUAUUGUUUAUUAUUUUAAUCCAUUAUGUAUAACAUUAUUGUGUUUAUUGGUAAUAAAAAAAUUAUGUGAAA